GGAUCGACCGCGCUCCACCUGGCAAGUCAAGAGGGGCACACCGAGACUGUACGUCUUCUGUUGACUCGCGGUGUUCGUCCAGACGCCAGAAAAAACGAUGGGGCGACUCCACUUCAUAUAGCAGCAAGUUUUGGCCAGAAGCUAGUGGCUAUAUUGCUCCUCGAAGCCAAUAAAGAUUAUAUCGAUCUUAAGGAUGAAGAUGGAUGGACUCCUCUUCACCUGGCUUCUUGGUAUGGACAAGAGCAAAUUGUCCAGUUGCUUCUGGAAAACUGCGCCGAUUUCAAUGCA